AUGCGCCCCAGCACAGCCAAGACACACGGGGCAAGGAAGCCAUCAGUGGACAGCAAGGGAAGGGCUGGCAGUGCCCCGGGCUGGCCCCCCAAUUCUCAGGCUCAGACACUGAUGCACAGCAUGGUGGUCCCGGGCACAGAAGGGGGCACAGGGCCCCAGAGCACUCGGCACCAUGCGCCCAUCGUGCUGGCAAGGGUGACCCCACGGGGCAUCCUGGCCUGCCCCAGACUCCCCGGGGAUGCCACAGGCGCGUGGCUCGUGCAGGGGCGCUGCCUGGGCCGGCUUAGCCGCGCCUGCGCACUGCCGAGGGCCGCCGCGUGCUGCAGGCGGGUGGGCGUGGCCAGGGAGCAGGAGAACGGAGAGGCGCGAAGGCGGGAGGAGGGCGUCGCUCGGCCAUCGGCGAAGGGAAGGGAGGAGACCGAGGCCUCGCCGCCGCCACCGGGCCAAGAGCAGCAGCAGCAGUCGGAGAAGGAUGAGCUCCCGCGCCUCGCCUCACGCGGCCACCCCGCCACAGCCCCCGCCCGCCCGCCACGGAGGGAGGCACCGCACAGCAUCAGCAGGAGCAGCUCCCAGGAGGAGGAGGAGAGCAGCGGUGGCAGCUCCGAGGGGGGGGACACCCCCACCACCGUGGGCUCUGGCAGCGACUUCGAGGAGACCCUCCUCAGACAGGCCGGCAAGCGGGGCACCCCCCCCACCCUCAUCACCCCCACACGCCCGGGGGCCAAGCGGCUGCGGAAGGAGGCCUGCCACAGCUCGGAUGCCCAGAGACCCACGGGAGCCGGGAACCUCUUUGAGGCUGUGAAGCGGGGCAGGAGCAUCACAGAGUCUGUGGUUGAUGAGUGGCUCGAGAGCUAUAAGGAGGACCGAGAGUUGGGUUUCUUGGAACUGGUCAACUUCCUCGUACAGUCAUGUGGCUGCAGAGGAGUAGUGACGUAUGAAAUGCUCAAGAGCCUCCAGAACUCCCAGAUCAUCCAGCAGCUGACAGAGUCCUUUGAUGAGGACUCAGCAGAGUAUCCGCUGUCCCUGAGUGCCCCCGCCUGGCGGCGUUUCCAGAGGGGUUUCUGUGAGGUGAUGGCCGCUCUCGUCCACCGCACCCAGUAUGAUGUUGUGUAUGAUGAAUACCUGAUGGACAGCCUCAUUGCUCUCCUGACUGGCUUGUCUGACUCGCAAGUGCGUGCCUUCCGCCAUACCAGCACCCUGGCAGCCAUGAAGCUCAUGACAGGCUUGGUCCGUGUGGCUCUCAGCGUCAGCCUGCAAAAAGACAACAGUCAGCGGCAGUACGAGGCUGAGUGGGCCAAGGGGGUGAAUCGCCGGGCCCCAGAGAAGCUGGAAGGGCUGCUGGAGCAGCGCAGGGAGUUCCAGGAGAAACAGCAAGAGCUGGAGAACUUAAUGAAUGCUGUCUUCAAGGGCAUCUUUGUUCACCGCUAUCGGGACCUGGUGCCUGAGAUCCGCUCCAUCUGCAUGGAGGAGAUGGGGCAGUGGAUGCAGCACUACAGUGCCUCCUUCCUGACAGACAGCUACCUCAAGUAUGUUGGCUGGACACUGCAUGACAAGCAGGGGGAGGUCCGUCUCAAGUGCUUACUGGCUUUGCAAGGGUUGUAUCGUAACCGUGAGAUGGCUUCUCGUAUGGAACUCUUCACCAGCCGUUUCAAGGAGCGGAUGGUGUCAAUGGCGCUGGACAAGGAGCCCCAGGUAGCAGUGGAAGCUGUCAGGCUCCUCACCCUCCUCCAGAACAUGGAGGACCUGCUCACAGACGCUGACUGCGAACGCAUCUUCCCACUAGUUUAUGCUUCCAGCCGUCCUCUAGCUGUUGCUGCUGGAGAAUUCUUGUACAAGAAUGAGAUUGGCUGCCUAGUGGUGAUAGUUGACUCUUGCAGGCUGCUGGCGCCAGAGGGAGGUGACAAUGGAGAUAAGGAGGGAGCCCGAGCCUUUCUUCAGCAGCUCCUCUCCUUCUUCGUGGAGAGUGAGCUCCACGAACACAAGGCCUAUUUGGUGGACAGCCUGUGGGACUGUGCAGCUCCCUUGCUGGAGGAGUGGGGCAGAGUGGAGGAGUGGGGCAGGCUCCACGACCACAUGGCCUAUUUGGUGGACAGCCUGUGGGACUGUGCAGCUCCCUUGCUGAAGGACUGGCCAGUGCUGACCGGGCUGCUGCUGGAGGAGCCUGCAGCAGAGGGCGCCUCGCCUCGCCUGUGUCUGACGGCCGGACAGAGCCUUGGCUCCUCGGUCCCCCACCCCACCGAGUCCUGGCCUGCAGGGGAAAAGCCAUGCCGCUGCCAAGGCGGCGGUGAAGAGGGUGAUGGGCCUGAGGGGCCAGGGCCGCCCAGACAACCAGGCGGACGACGAAGAAGAGGAGCCGGCGACCGCCACCUGCGCUUCCGCUGGCCCCCGCUGCCGCCCUCCGCCUCUUGGCCUCCCUAUGGGGAGGGAGCCCGGGCCUGCCUCGCGGGGAGACUGCCCGGGGAGUCCAGGGCUGCGCUUGGGCACGCGGCCGGGGUGCGAGGGCGCCUGCUGAGCCCCAAGACCUCCCGGAACUGGACUCCCCCCAGCCCAGCCCACCCCACCCCAAUGGAGCCUGCUCCCUACAGGGCCCAGGCCUACCCGCAGGCGGUCAGCUUGCCCGGGCCUAGCCUGGUGGCCUUUGGGCCUGCGCCUCUUUUCUUGAGGGCAGGAUCGGGCUCGCUGCUUGUGCCACAGAGGGGACAGUGCAUUGCGGCUCAGGCUCUGCUAUCUUGUCGCUGCCAGCCCCCCUCCUCUCGUUUUAGUGAUGAGCAGGAAAGCGCACUCAUCAUGACCUUAGUGGCCAGCAUGCGGCAGACAACAGAGGGACAACCUCCUGUCGGCAGGAUCUCUGGGAGAAAGACAUUAACGGCCCGAGACCGCAAGGCCCAGCUCGAAGAGCGCUUGAGACUCACCCAGCACGUCAUCCCUCUGCUGCCCCAGUUGCUGGCCAAGUUCUCCGCUGAUGUUGAGAAAGUGGUGCCUUUGCUGGAGGCCCCUCGCUAUUUCGACCUGAGGCUGUACAGCACUGGUCGGCUGGAGAAGUAUCUGGAGUUGCUGGUGACCCAGCUGUGGAACGUGGUUGAAAAGCACUCUGACAAGGAAGUGCUGGAGACGGCUGCCAGGACUCUGUCUGCUCUUUGCUGUCCGGAGUUUGCCUUUUACAGUCGGGUGGAUUCUGCCCGCAGCCGCUUUGUGGACCACCUCGCUGACAAAUUCCAGCAUGAGGUGGCUGAACUGCUCCAGGCCUCGCUGGUGGAGGAAGAGGUUGCUUACAGCCUGGCUGCCACUCUCAGGCGCAUUGCUGCCUUCCACAGUGCUCAUGACCUGACUCCCUGGUGCUUAUUUGAACCCUGCAUCCACCUUCUGCGCCAUGCAGUUGACACAGGCAAGGUCCCCAAGCAGGUUGUUAUUCCCGCAAUGGCCUGCUCCCACUUCUCGCUUCUCUGGGAACUAGCCCACUUGUCCCGGCCCACCUCUGGGCCCCAACCCAGCCAGACGCAGUUGCUCGGCCUGAAAGAGAAAGUGGCUUCCUUUUGCUCCCUCUGCCAAAGCUGCCUUGUGGACAACGACGCUGACAUCCAGGAGCAGGCCUUUGUGCUGCUGAGCGACCUGCUCCUGAUCUUCGGGCCGCGGCUGGUGCAAGGGGGCCAGGAGGCGCUGCAGGCUCUGGUGUAUCAGGCCGAGGCUGCCCUGCAGUCCCAGCUGGCCGGCUUCCUCAUGGACCACGUCUUCGGCCACACGGAGGCUUCUGAGAUGGGUGGGUACCACGAGGAGGAUGAGGAGCUCCAGAUCAGGCAGCUGCACCAGCGCCGCAAUCUUCUGGCCGGAUUCUGCAAACUCAUUGUCUAUGGAGUCCUGGAGCUGAGCGCAGCAUCCGAUGUCUUCAAGCACUAUGCCAAGUUCUACAAUGACUACGGGGACAUCAUCAAAGAGACGCUGAAUCGAGCCCGUCAGAUUGACCGGAUGGAGUGGGCCCACACCCUUCUUCUCAGCCUGCAGCAGUUGCUGACCCAGCUGCUUCUGGAGCAGGGACCAGAAGGCGUAGAGUCCAGUGCCUUCCUGGAGAUCCGAGACCUGGCCCGGCGGUUCUCCCUCCUCUUUGGGCUGCAUCAGCUGCAGAACCGCUCAGCCCUCGUCAAGCUGCACAAGGAUGGGAUAAAGUUUGCCUUCCAGGAACCAGCAUCCCCCAGUUCCAGGCUGGGGCUCAUCAACCUGUCCUUCCUGGAGUUGCUGAGUGAGUUUUCCCCCCGGCUUCUGCAUCCGGACAAAGCCCUGCUCCUGUCCUAUUUAAAGACGACGAGCCGAGCACAUGCUGGCAGCCACCUUGGGGAGCUUCGCUGGAGGUCGCUUGUCAUGUAUCAGAAUUCCCUGAGCCCCCAGGAGGAGGCGGCUUCCCAGUCCGGCUCAGCUGCCAAGAAGAGACCUGGAUUGGCUGCUAAGAGGAGACGCCUGGAUGAAUCGUCUGAGCUGGGCAGCUCCAGCCUCCCCUCCAGCAGCCGCUUGCCGACUCCCCUGCUGACCUCCACAGCCCUGAAGGGAACGCAGCCGCUCCUCCCCCUUCCCGCGGGGUCUCGGGAGUCCAGCUCCGAGGAGCAGCCAGAGUUUGUGCUGAGACGGCCUCCGUUGGGCAUUCAGCAUCCCCAUGAGAGUUUCCAGAGCCCACCGGAUGGGAGCGGACUGAGCAGAAGGCUGGAUCGGCUGAUCCUGAUGGAGGAUGAAGAGGAGCAGGAGAGGAGUGAGGAAGGGGAGCUCCUGGAGUGAGCAGAGGCAGAGCUGUCCAGAUCAGAGAAGGGAUGUGGAGCUCCCCAUCUUCACAGGCUUCUCAUCACACCACCGCCAUGGCUGCCAGGGAUUGCGUUAGUUACACCGGCUGCUCCUCCCCCUUGCCUGCUCUGUCUCUGGACCUCUCUUCCCUUAAGAGGGGGGGGGUCCUCUUUGAAAUGUUGACUCUGGGUUUCAGCUGGUUCUCCCACCCUCUAAAGGAGGCCUCAGGGAUUCUGGUUACUUAGUUCUUUAUUAGUUCAGCACUAUUGACAUCUCCUUGUUAACAAAUAAAAAGUUCCUUGUU